CAUGGGUGUGCUGAUGUCCAAGAAGCAGCAGGUGGAGAAGGUGCAGAAGUGCAGCGUGGUGGUGUCAGCAUUUAAAGAUGGUCUGAAGGAUCGGGCGGCCCCAGCAGCUGCGGCCCAGACUGAAGAGGUCAUAGCCUGAGAACGGGGAUGAAUCUGCUGAAGGAUCCCACCAGGCUAACAAAGACCACACUGAACAGAAAGACAUGGACAGCAAACCAGGGUCAUCACCAAAUCAGCAGGCCUCAGCUUCGUCCAUAGAGGAGCAUAAAGCCAAUCAGGAGGCUUGGGGGCGUCUCCGUGAUGGGAAGGGGGUGGAGCCUGAGGAUCUAAAAAAGGCACAUCAGCUCACUCCUCCGGCGUUUGUGCGGCCAAAGAGAGAGGUCAACGACGAUCAACCGGUAGACGUCUCGCUUGGGCAAACAGAGCAGCCCGUCAAUGAUGAGAUGUGUGAGGUCUGUGAGGUUUGGACGGCAGAUGAUCUGUUCCCCUGUCGGACGUGCACGCGGGUCUUUCACGAUGGCUGUCUGCAGGAGAUGGGCUGCCUGAGCACUGAAGCCCUGCAGGAAAUGAGAGAGACAGCCCACACCACCACCGGCUGGAGCUGCUAUUACUGCGAUAAUGUGAACCUGCUGCUUACUGAAGAAGAGAUGUACAGUCUGAUGGAGACCUUCAAGCAGUGCAAGAUCAUUCCAGAGUCGUGCCUGGUGUCAGAUGAACUCCUGCAGUACAGGCACUUUGUGACCAAGCAGCUCUUUGAAAGAGACUUGACCGAUGAGGAGGAAGAGGAAGUUCUGGCCCAGUUUGCAGCUUUGGAUCCAGAGAAGAAGGGUCAGAUUGAGUGGUCUGACUUCCUCUACCACGAGUCACUUUCAGUGCUGCAGAAGUUCCGGACUGAGAAUUCGCUGGUGAGAAUCCUCACAGCGAAGGAGAGGGAUCGGGCACGGGCCAUAUUCCAGAGUGUAGACCAGGACAAAGAUGGGAUCAUUACCGCCGGAGAAGCCAGAAGAGCCCAAACCUCCUGGUUUCACAAGAUUAACAAAGAAUCACAGUCCUGCAAUGUCAGUAUCAGCCAUGUUGGUCCAAUAUCUGAGAGCAGUCCUGCCAGUUCCAGCAGCGAGAGAAGCAGAGAUAAAGCCAUGGAGAAUGAUAACAGACCAGUUACCUGGGACAACUUCCUGAGGGAGAGCGCUAUCUAUAUCCUGGCCGCCAGGCCCAACAGCUCAGCCAUGCACAUCCGUUUGCCACUCUAACCACGGCCACAUAGCCUGAGACUUCCAGAGGGGCUUCCCGGGUCCAGAUUCACGAGUAGGAGGUACAGAGGACUAAACCUAGAGUUACAUAAGUGUCAAAUGAAGAAAGCAAAUGAGUACGCCACCACACUCAAAGACUGUACAAGCCAUCGAUGGAUUUUUCCUCUAACGACACAAUCUAGCGACACACUGACAAAUUCAACGCUCUUGAACAAUAGCACAUCUGUCACCACUUCAGAAUACAGCUUUCACGAACUUGUAUGAUUUUGAUUUUUGUGACUGAAAAUUCAAUCAGAGAAACUGCUGUGAGAAACAGUCACACAUUAGCAAAAUUACAGCACCACAGUGUUUGCAUAGUGUUUCGAUGUUGACGUGUUGUACCAUUUUCGAAUUGUGGCUCUAGCUGAAUGAGUUGUGGGAUCAUUAUGUGAGCAAUUGUCGGAUCAUUGCUGAUCUAAUUUCAGUCACCAUAAAAUAUGAAUAUAUAGUGAAUAUGGUGGGCAACAAUAGUGCCACACAAGAAUCAAAGUGAGAUGCUAUAUAUUGAUACUAUAUACAGUAUACAUAUAUAUUAUACGAAAUAUUGUAUUUGUAUUUAUUCACAUACAUUCAGGGAUGGAUCAUGGACCAUGCAGGCCAAGGAGCUUCCAGACUGCCAGGGGCCUUAAGCUGAGUCAAGUGAAAACAAAGGAAAUGUAAAAUUGUUAUUGACAGACAAAUGCUACUUGUAAUUAAGAUACUACAGUAAGAAGAUCGACAUCAGUUCGAGUUUUCAGUCACUUGACAAGUCAGAAUUAUGAGAAGUUGUCAUUCUUAAUUUUCUACUUCCAUAUUGUAUUUCUGAGUGAACAGGAUAUGUAAUGUGGAAAAUUGGGGCAGAACUUGAUGUCUAACAAUGGGGAAUUGAUUGGAUUGUGAAAUAAGGUCUCUCUGGUUCGUUUCUAAAACCGAGCUGCCGACUUAGGCAGUAUUUUAAGGCACCAUAGGCAUGUUUCUGAUGCAAAAUCUAUUCCAAAAUGUACAGGCAGCAAAUUAGCAAAUCAAUAUGAAAAAGUUUAUAAAAAUAUUUUAAUCUAAUUUAAAAAGGACUAUUUUACCCGGUAUUUGUUUGUGUAUAUUUAUAGUUAUUAAAAUAUUUCUUUGUUAGUUUAGCAACAUCCAAACUUAUCAUAAUUAUGAAACUUUCUAAGAUACAUAAUUUUGACAAAAAUCACGAUUCAAGAACACAAAUUAAAAAAAAAAUCUAAGUAAAGAUCUAACUAUUUUACCCAGUAUCUGUGUAUUAUAUGUAUUUUCAUAGUUUUAAGAAUAUUAUGUCAUUAGCUUAGCAACAUGCUAAUUUCAAACUCCAUUGAAAUCAGUCAAGUCUCACCAUAAUUAUGCUUCUUUCUAAGGCAGACCUACUUAAUUUUUCCUUAAAAUAGGUACGAUUAUUUCAAUAAUAAAAUACUGAUGAAAUCUAAUUAAAGAUCUAAUUAAAAUACUAUUUUACCCAAUAUUUAAGUUAUAUAUUUUUAUACCUAUUGGUAUAGUUAGCUUAGCAACAUGCUAAUACCUGACUGUUGAAAUCAGUUGUCAGUCAAGUCUAAGCUGUGUGCUUCAUUCAAUCAUCAUAGUUGCUAUGAAAAGCAAUUCAAAUUGGUCACUUUUAAGGUUUCAUUUCAGGAUUCUGUCCUACCUAUGUAGGCAAUAUAUAGCAAAGCAUCUCACUAGGUUGAUAAAAAAAGUCUAAAUAAUGAAAAAUAAUUCAAUUGUAGAAUGUAAAGUUGCAAUUACAAGGUAUUAUAAGAUCUCAUUUUAUAAUUUGCUUAAUAAGAAUUGCAUCAUAAGACCAUAAUCCUUCUUUGCAUUCUUUGUGUCAUGACCUGUUAUUUUAUUUUUCAUUUGAUGUUUCUUUAACUCACUAGUUUCAGAAUUAUUAUAUUUUACUGGGUCUGUAAAAAACGUAACACCCGUAGAGGUGACUUUACUCAGUGUUUACCUAAAAUAGCUGAUGCAAAUGUACAAUCUUCCAAAAGACUCAUUGAAAUGUUAAGAGCCCUGAAAAUCUUCACAAUCAGGUUUAGAACUUACUGCCUAAACAAAACUGACUCAGAGAUCUUCCUCCCUUCUUCCUUCCUCUCUCCCUUUAUGUUUGUAGUAUGAUCACGUUGAAAUUGUUCUUAGAUCUGGUGCAGAUGAAAACACUUUCUAAUAUCUAAAACCUUUUAUAUUCUCAGCCGUAAAUCAUGCACACUCCUGUAAAAUGGCACCUGGGUUAACACUCAUUAUAUCGAACUGUUUGAGGGGUAUGAAACAUAUCCGCUCGUUUAUAUGGUCAUAUCCACUGUAUUUGCUUAUAGAACGUUUGUAUUGGAUUGUGCAAGGCAGUUAUUUCAAGGGACUGUGCAAUACUUCAAGUUUUGCUGGUAGCGCUGGAAAUAAAUGCAUGACGUUAACUCCAAAAAAUUA